AUGUCUGCUGAACUAGCCCUUGCCAUCAUCCCUUUAGGUAUUAAAGUUUGCUCUGGCUUGUCAUCCUAUUUUGGAAGCCUGAAUGACUAUAGACAAGAUGUUAGCCGCCUCGCUCGCCAAACUCAGGCUAUGGAGAACGUCUUUAGGGACCUCGAGGUAUUACUAGAGCAAAGUCAACUUGACCCCCAGAUCCUUGCUUCGGCCGUCGGGGCUAGAAGCCUUUUGGAAGCUUGUAAAUCUGGAUUACAAGAGUUGCAGGAACUGGAACAAAAGCUUAGCAUCCCUAUUAAACCAAGCGCCAAAGCUCUAGGCAAGACAAAAGCAAGAUUUGCGAAAUUCUCCUACCCCCUUCGAAAAUCACACAUUAUGAAACUCCAGACCGCUCUAGAUACUAUUUGCGUACCGCUUCAACUCGCUAUUGAGAAACUCCACAUAGAUAUCGGACUCUCGACACGAAACAGUUCACUAGAAGUGCUAACCGCACUUCAACAGACGUCAGGUCUUAUGUCAAGUCUCACUGCAACUACACAUAGUCUGGCUUCACCAGUAGGGGAGGUCAGCGCAGCACUUCCUAUCCUUCAGAGUUCGGUAGACGCGAUAAAUCCGUAUAUCACUGGUGCAAUCCAAUCAUAUAUGGAGCAGACUCAACUAGCUAUACGACAGGCUGACGCAGCAGCACGUGAACGCGCUGAAGCUACGAACAAGCUGAUCAUGGACCUGCAAAUAAGGGAACCGGGCCCAGAAUCUACAAUCCUUUGUCUGAGAGCAAAGUCAAGUCCGCCUACUAGCCUUUCUAAUUCUGGUGCAUUCUGUUCCUGUCGCGGACAACGAUUACGGACAUAUCGAGGGGGCUCCUAUGGGCCUUUGUAUGUCUUCCAUGAGAGCAUUACAGUCGUCAAGCACGAAAACAACUGCCAGCUUUACGCGCCCGUAUCAGAAUUUGAGAGAUCUCAAGGUCUGCGUGUUGCUUUUUCUAAUGUCCUCAUCAAAGGAGCUUUGCAGCUGUGCUUCUACACAAAGAAGGGUGCAGGCGGGUUCAGUAUCAGCCCUGGACUCGCCUUUUCGCCUAUCGUUGAUAGACAUCACGCACGAGCAUGGGACCUCUUGUCCUACGGAAGCUAUUGCGUGGUUUGUGCUUUUAACCAACUCAGGCCUGCUGCGACGACAGAAGCUAUGUUCAGGGUGAUCCUUUCCAAGCUGAGGCUGUUUUUCAGCUCCAGAAUGGCGAGCCCAAUGGAGGUUGACAUAGAGAAUAACUCUCUUCUCCACGAACUUGCCAAACUAAUAAAUUUGUGGUUUGCAAGCAUGCAAAUGACAAACAGAUUUCGCACGCAGACUAAUAUGUUGGCCCGGUGUCUCCCGGUUAUGGAAGAGCUCGUGAAUUUCAUUGCCUCAGCAGGAUCCCCGUUGUCAACUCGUAAUCGUCAAGGACAUCUCGCAUUGCAUUUAGCUGCAUACGGGGUUAUUCUCCCGGCUUCGCUUCAGACGGCAUUUCACGCCGAUGGGGCAAAUUUGGAACUCAACGCGAAUAUUGACCAGCCAUACAAUCGGGCUAUGAAUUGGAGGAGAAGCUUACUCCCGGAAAUUCUGAAGAACUCUGCUUUACAACAAGGAAACGCAGAAUUGUUCCAUGGGCCAUUGAUAACGGCGAUCCUUAAAAACGAUUUAGGGGAAGUGAAGCGACUGAUUAAAGAAAGUCCUGCUAUUGUUCAAGAAAGAAAUGUCUAUGGACAGACAGCGUUUCAUGUGGCCGCUGAUAAGUUGAAGAUAUUCAGGAUUUUGAUACAGCAAGCUAAGCCAACGACAUGGACCCAAAGGGAUGAACUGGGCCAUACCUUGCUUGGAUUCUCUAUGGUCCUUAGCAGUGUAAGGUGCAACUACGAAAUAUCACCUCAAGCCACAAAUUGCUCUUGCACCUCGACUGUAAGGGCUCUACUGGAAUCAGGCUGCCCUAUAGUACCCCAUCACGAUUUCUGGACAAGGGAGGGCAGCGUUUUGCGUAAUACUUCUACCCAUUGCAGGGUACUUGUAGCAGAGCAGCUACGUCUCCGCCGUCGGGAAUUGAGAAGGCUGGCUUGUGACACGUUGUCAAUGUCGGCUUUUAGUCAGUUUCAAUCGUCUCAGCGUACUGAGCUUGACCUUCACGCUAUAGAAGUGGAUCGGACACUUCGUCGAAGAAGAGUCAUUACGUUUGGCAGACUUUCAACGUUCUUCCCUGGAGAUAUUGACGACACACUCAAAUUCAAUUACGUCUUCCGUCCCAUAUACCACGAUUUAGUAGAAGGCUUCGAUGCUAAGGUCUAUCUUGAUUUAGGUUUUCGGGAGUUUGACCUUGACACAACUCAGUUUCCUACUUCCCGAGUACUGCCCUUAGGUAUCCAGAUAUCUCGAAGAGCAGAUUUCCUGAUCAACCCAGACUACUUAUUGUGGUUGCGAGAUCAUGCCGUUCCAAUGACGAAGAGAGAAAACAGGAUCCACGAGUCUAAGGAUUCCACUUUCAUCUUCGCGGAUAGGAUGGGGUGUUGGUCAAUGUUUGAUGAUUUGUUUUUUGCGGAAGAAACCAAGGAGUUGGAACAUUGGUUUUCAAGCACACGCUCGGUUAUGGAGUGUCACUGUCCAUGCUCACCUGGCUUUUGCACCCCAUUCAUUCAGCGAAUGAAGUGGCUGCCAUAUAAAUAUGAAGAACGCACGUCGCCAGAGCAUCGUACUCUUUCGGGAUAUGCGAAUGACAUCUUGUCAUUUAUGAGCAAAUAUGGGCAAUCCCUCACAACUGAUCAACAUGUCGCCGCAGUUCGCCAAGUGACAUUUUCGGUCCUCGAGAUGAAACAUAUAUGCUCACAUAGGCCCAGCGAUGAUUACGUUGAAGAGCUUUCCCCAGACGAGAUCCAAUUCGAGCUGGACACUCAAGAUAGUUACAGGGCAAAUGCUCUGAACGAAGUAACGUCAGAAGCAACCUCCUUUUUCUCUGCUGAUCAUCAUCAAGUAUCGCCAAAGGAGCACAUCGGCGCCAAGACUGAGGUAAAAGCUAUUAGGGAAGGUAAUGGUGCUUACCAUAACGAUCCUGACCUACAGCAAGAAAUUGAGUAUGAUGUUAUUGUUGAAUACUGGCAUAAGCGAUGGAUUCCCAUGGUGGAGAAAAUUUUAGACGACGCAAGGAGACUCUUCUACUUCGAUCACGAUGAAGAAGGUUUGAGAGAUAUUGGCGUAGUCUUGGAAAACGUCACUGGCACCAUUCUGCCAACAGAUGACGACGGAGGAGAUGUUGGAGAGUACGAACUUAAAUGGGAGGGAUCGGGUAAUGAAAGCCGAGAAGAGAGGGAGUCAAGGAUUGUCUCGAACUGGAUGAUUCGGCAGCUAAACAGUAUCGUAGAUUAG